AUGUCGAUGAUAACCACCAUCAGUCAAUUGCCGGACGAGAUUCUCGCUGAAAUGGCGGAAUACGUCCGUUCUUACAGCUUUCGCGAUGAAGGCCAGCAUCUCAACACACUGAUCAAGUGGUGUCCAACAACGCUUGACAAUUGCUGUCUCGUUUCGAAGCGAUUCCACACAGUCUUCCUCCCACUACGCUAUAGCUCUAUCCACAUCUGCGCUGGACAGUGGCCACGACGAGAAGUAUCAAUACUUAUCGCAAAGCUGCGGGCGGCACUCGAGGUCCAGCCACAAAUUGGCCUAUGGAUCCGGGAGCUGAUGUUCACCAUCGAUUACACGCUGGAACGCAAGCUCAUCGGCAUUGUCAAUCCUUCGAGCUUCCUUGAAAUCCUCAACACGACUACUGCUUUAACUGCGUUUAGACUGAGCGGACGAGUAGCACCGUCGUGGGAGGCGCUUUAUCCGCUGGUGCCCGCAGCCUUGCGGAAGGUGUUUCGACAAGAAACCCUCAAGAGCGUUACGAUAAAUACUCGAUUGCUCCACCCCAUCCUUCUUUGCUCAUCUCCUUCACUUUCUACCCUCAACCUCGUUGGAAACAGCCGAGCAUCAAGGCCUGGCGCGAGUCAAUUUGCGACUUGGAGAAAUGAUGUGUUGGACGAUCCGCCAUGCGAUCAUCCCAAUAUCCUGUCACUUUCAUGCGAAGAGGAUAUCGACAUUCUGCCUCUUUAUUUCGACACCUGUCCCUUGGCCUUUCGGUCGCUGCAGAACCUAAAGAUUACUAGCACCGAGCCGCCUCCACUCAUGUCGGCAUUGAACAGCUUCCUUCGACUUUCUGGGAAGACUCUUCGAAUGCUUGAUAUCGAUUUCGGACAAUACAAACAAGAACCGCGGGUGUCUGGGUCUUUCCUUGACCUCUCAGAGAUGAAGAAUCUUCGCCAAGUCAGACUUCGAUAUUUCUAUGAUUCCGGAAGGGAUUUAGAGGACUACGAGGCCAUGCUCAUGGAAACCCUCAAAUCAAUCGUAAACUCCAGCGAGUUACGAAGUUUGGAAGUAGAGCUCGAAUGGUAUUGGGAUAGCAGGUUUCUGGGCGUGGAUGGGGUAGAGGUGGGAGCCGCUGGUGUCGUUGCAAGGUUGCCGGCGUUUCUCCAGGCCUUGGAUUCGGCGUGGGCUAGGUUCACCGACAACGACAGCUAUAGAUCAUUGGAAAGGAUUUAUGACGCUGGUUGCGUCGUGGCAUGCCCUGUGAUGUGGCUGGAGCUAUAA